AUGAAAAACAAGACAAGUUUUCUUCCACAAGAAGGAGAUGCACGUCCUUCCAGAUGUCCGGAUAACAGUGCAUUCAAACAACAGAAGCUACCAGCUUGGAAGCCCCAGUUUACCAUUGCAACUGUGCUCUCCAGCUUCUUUUUCACAGGCGCGUUCUGCCUUUCUGUGGGAGUCUGCCUCAUACUGUCUGCAAACAAUGUCAGAGAAAUACAGAUUGAUUAUUCAGACAAAUGCUCAGAUUGUUCAAAACUCCGUGAAAAUUCCUCUAAUUGGAAUAAGGAAUGCCACUGUUCUGUUAAUUUCUCAUUAAAGGAAGAAAUAUUGGGUGAUGUUUUUAUGUAUUAUGGCCUGCAAAACUUCUAUCAAAACCACCGUCGAUAUGUGAUAUCAAGAAGUGACUCACAAUUGUUGGGUCGAAAUGUAAACAUUCAGAAGAGCUACUGCGUGCCUUUCACCACCUACCGAAAUGGGACGCCCAUGGCUCCGUGCGGUGCUAUUGCCAACAGCAUGUUCAAUGAUACUAUUGAUCUUUUUUACAAUCUUAAAUCAUCUGUUAUUCAAGUACCACUGCUGAAGAGUGGAAACAGUUGGUGGACAGAUAAAAAUGUGAAAUUUCACAAUCCGAAAUCAUACAAUCUCUCUUCUGCAUUUGCAGGGACAGCAAGACCUCCUUACUGGCAGAAACCAGUAUAUCUGUUAGAUGAGGAAGAUGAAAGGAACAACGGUUAUGUAAAUGACGACUUCAUUAUCUGGAUGCGAGUGUCAGCCUUUGCUACGUUCAGAAAUCUUUACCGUCGUGUCAGACGGAUAAGGCAGUUUGCGGAUGGCCUCCCAGCAGGGAAUUACACUUUUCAUAUUUCCUAUAAUUUCCCCGUUACCAAAUUCAAGGGGAGGAAGCAUGUGAUUCUUUCAACCGUGGUAUGGAGCGGAGGAAGUAACCCAUUCCUGGGAAUUGCCUACGUGGUUUCUGGCACAGCAGCAACGCUGACAGGUUUUGUCAUAACUGCCAUCCACUUGAAACUCAGAAAAAAGAAAACAUACUUUCAGAAGUAAUGAGGUUCCCUGGCUUUCCCUGGAACAAAGGCAAAGGUAUGCUGUGAACAAAGA